CGCAGCCCUAAGAUGGCGGCCGGGCGGCGGCGGCGGCGGCGCUGAGUGGAAAUACUUGAAAUCUUCCUACUAAUAACAUGUGGUCCUUAUUGCCUGACAUAAAGAGAAUUACCUUUAUCACUGGCUGUCUUAGAGCUAUUGUAGUUCUGCUCUAUCAGUGUGAUUUUAUUUAUUUAUUUACUUUUGGUUUUGCGUUUCAUUCUGUUUGACCAGUGAUCCUUGGCUAGUCAAGCUCUUAUUUUUUUAUUUUAAUUUAUUGCUGUCUCUAGUCAGUGUCCCAUUUUGGUUUGGUUGCAUGAAGGUGGUGCUGGUGUUUGGUUUGUAAUCUUGUAGGGCAGCGUGUAGGGAGGGUCAUAAAUCUGCAGCAGGGUUUGGUGGCUUUUUUUUUUUUUUUCCCCUUUUUUUUUUUUGUUUUUUUUUUUUUUUUUUUUUUUUUUGUUUUUUUUUUUUUUUUUCCCCUUCUUUUUUUUUGUGUGUGUGUGUGUCUCUCUUGUUUUACUUUCAGAGCAAUAACUUAACUUUUGUCCUUGCUCUGUUGAGCAAAAGUGAAAGCUAGACGUUGGGUGCAAACUCCUGCAAUCAGUUAUCCUUUUUAACCUUCCAUAGAUGUAGAUUCCUCGUGCUGGGGAGGCUUGGCGAAAAAUCAGUCACCUCAAAAAGAUAAACGGGGAGCGACUGAAGCUUCCUCUCCUUGAGUCAAACAACUGGAUGAUAACAGAAACGUUUGCUCCCGCAGCCGCCUCCACACAAAAGCAGUUUGCUAAAAGCCAUUGCUGCCCACCAGGGCCUCCAGCUGGGACCUCCUUGCUCUCCGGGCUGCUUGGGGAGCAUGCCAGCCUCCUGCUGUUCCUGCAGCAGCUCUCGGAAGACGCUGAGGGAGAGGAGCAGGAGCGCUGGCCCUGCCUCGGCACCCUGCCGGGCUAGCUUUGAAUUGUUGCCCCCCUGAACACGCCGGGCCGCGUGGGAAACCCUAACCAAAAAUGUAAUUUCGCUUCCGCCUGGUCCGUGGCAGCAGGUGCAGGUUUAUGGAGGAGCUUCUGGAAUGUUCUAGCGCUGAAACCCCCGUGAACGGCGGGGUCUGGGCAGGCCAGCCCCUAGGGAGGGGAAACGCAGCGCGCUGCCUGUGCCUGAGUUUUAGUUGUGUGGGUUUCUCCCCCUUCCCCAGAACCUUUGCUCCUGAAGAUGGUGAGUAGCCAGCCUAAGUACGAUCUAAUUCGGGAGGUUGGUCGUGGCAGUUAUGGUGUGGUGUACGAAGCGGUCGUCAGGAGGACCUGUGCCCGCGUGGCCGUCAAAAAGAUCCGGUGCCACGCUCCCGAGAACGUGGAACUGGCUCUGCGCGAGUUCUGGGCCCUUAGCAGUAUCAAGAGCCAGCACCCCAACGUCAUUCACCUGGAGGAGUGCAUCUUGCAGAAAGAUGGCAUGGUGCAGAAGAUGUCCCAUGGCUCCAGCUCCUCCCUGUAUUUACAGCUCGUAGAAACCUCAUUAAAAGGAGAAAUAGCCUUUGACCCCAAAAGUGCUUAUUACCUGUGGUUUGUGAUGGAUUUCUGCGACGGGGGAGACAUGAACGAGUACCUGCUGUCGCGCAAGCCCAGCCGCAGGACCAACACCAGCUUCAUGCUGCAGCUCAGCAGCGCCCUGGCCUUCCUGCACAAGAACCAGAUCAUCCACCGCGACCUCAAGCCCGACAACAUCCUCAUCUCGCGGGGCCGCGCGCACGCCGGCGACCCCGAGCCCACGCUGAAGGUGGCGGAUUUUGGGCUGAGCAAGGUGUGCUCGGCCUCGGGGCACAACCCCGAGGAGCCGGUCAGCGUCAACAAGUGCUUCCUGUCCACCGCCUGCGGCACCGACUUCUACAUGGCCCCCGAGGUGUGGGAGGGCCACUACACGGCCAAGGCGGACAUCUUCGCCCUGGGCAUCAUCAUCUGGGCCAUGCUGGAGAGGAUCACCUUCGUCGACACCGAGACCAAGAAGGAGCUGCUGGGCAGCUACGUCAAGCAGGGCACGGCCAUCGUGCCCGUGGGCGAGGCGCUGCUGGAGAACCCCAAGAUGGAGCUGCUGAUCCCCGUCAAGAAGAAGUCCAUGAACGCCCGCAUGAAGCAGCUGAUCAAGGAGAUGCUGGCGGCCAACCCGCAGGACCGGCCCGACGCCUUCGAGCUGGAGCUGAGGCUGGUCAACAUCGCCUUCAAGGACAGCAGCUGGGAUACGUGAGGGGCGAGCCCGGCGGGCAGAGCCCCGGCUCGCCUGCAGGGGGAACUUCGCACCUUCCUGGAGAUUCCCGGCUGGAGCUUCCCGGCAGGAACGCCGAGUUGGCCGCGCUGUGAAAUCCCGGAGCUGUUCCUUGGGGUGCGCUGGCAGGGGGAUGUCGCAAGAGCCAACACUACUUGAUUUCCAGCACUCUGCCGUGGAGUGUCUCACACAUUCCAGCUUCCUAUGUCAGUAUUAGGAACUCUCAUGGAAAAAAAAAAAAAAGGAAAAAAAAAAAAGAUUUGCAUGCUGGCAGUGCAAAUCUUGAGGCUUUGUAAUGUAAUCUGUGUAUAUAUUUAUGUAUAUGAGUGACUGGGAGUGUGUGGCACUUAAAUUAUUUGCUGUGGGUCUGGAUGAUUGGGGUCUGCUAGAAACCUGGGUGAAGGAGGUGAGUGAGACAAACUCCUCCUUCCCCUGGCCUGAAUGACUUUAUUAUUUAUUUUUGUUAUCUAAUUUCAAAGACUUGACUUUGUAAACAAACAAACAAACAAAAAAGCAAUGCAAGGGGAUCAGCUGCUUUCAAAGUGCUAACAUGGCUGAUCUUGGCACUUAGAGCUUAAUGAGCUCAUCACUGAGGGAGUCAAAUUAAAAAUGUACAGUCAGGUGCUGGCAGGGGGGCUGGGUCAUUGAUCCUUUGAUUUUGCUUUUAUUCAUCAAUUAAUCUGCCUUUUCUCCACACGCUCUCUGGCCUGGUGUCCAUAAUCCCAUAGCACCUUGAGGAUUUACCACAGCAGAAUUCUGUGCCCUCAGUUUAUGGAAACAUGGAUGAGGGAAUCCAGCAGCAUGUUGUUAAAAUCCUUCAAAACGUGGUGGCAGCACAGUUUUCCUGAGCUGAAUCCAGCCAAUAAUCCCACAGUCCUGGCCUUCCUCCCUGGCACUGCCCCAAACCCAGUGGGGAUGAGGGGACGGGGGUGGCUCUGUCCCCUGUUACACCUGCUGGGAGCUCAGUGACAGCUGUGGGAAAGGUGGCAGCCGGUGGUGGGCUUGUUUUUUAUUUUGAAUUUUUCUCUUUUUAAAGAAGUGAUCUUUAUUUACAAGCACAGGUGGGAGGAGGGGGGUUUGGAGCAGCUGGAAGCUGCUUCUCCCCAGCUCUGGCUGCGCAGAGCAGAUUGAGGCUGGGACAGGUUUCACUGAGGCCACCUGACACUGCUGGUUGUCCCAGCACAACACUUUGUUCUUCUGGGUGCAGGACUCACCUCUCCCAUCCAGUCUGACCUUUUGGAAAAAAAAACAGAGUCUUAAAAUUGCCUUUAAAGCUGCAGGAAAUGCUAGUUGUCUUUACAAAACUCAAUUUUUUUCCCUCCACCCAAAUGUUACCUGGAAAUGGCUGUAAGUAUUUCCUUGUACAAUUUGCUUUUUUGAACACUGUUCCCUCUUAGUGCUAGGACAGCAGUUCUGAGCACUCAGUGUUUAUUCUUUGAGUGCAAGUAAACAAAAUGUUACUUUUUGGUUUUCCAAAAGCAAAGGAUUCUGAUUCCACCCAGCUUCUGAGGCUUUACAGGCCGCAGGUGGUUCUUACCUGGUGCUGUGUGAGCUGGUGGCUGUCCCCAGCUGGCCUUAGUUUAUCAUUCUUGUUAUUUCCUUCCUCGUUUUUGGGAGUGAUCCUCAGACAAACACUCUUUGCUUGUGCCAACUCUGCCUCCCAGUUCUCACAUCUCAGCAGGGCCAUUGGCUGAGAAAAAUCUGGAGGGGGUUGAUCAUUCAUGUUAAACUCGGGAGCUUUUUCAGACUAUUGGGGUGAGCGUCCCCCUCCCUCAGCCAGCCAGAAUAACAGUGCUCCCCUCGGAGGUGUCUGAUCACCUGCUCCCCUCUGCAGGGCUCCACUGCAGAGGAAAUCACAAAUCAGGGACUGGCACUGGCAAGUUUUGGGGUUUUUGACUCCCAAAGUGUUUCUUUGCACUGAUUGCCACUUUAUAGGUUGGGGGUACCUGAAAUCCCUCUCAUGGUGCUUAUCCUCGCUGUUGGGUGACACUGGUAGUCCUCGAGCUCUGUGUUCUCUUUGGUUUUUGUUGUCUGAGGUCUUUGUUUUGAGAAAAUAAAUCAAGUUGUUGUAGCAGCUGCGGGGUCGUUCACCAGCGUGACACGAAGUCAAGACACUUUUCAGCACUUGGGAAAGAUUUGUUUUGUUUCAUGUUUUUCUUUAAAAACUGUAAACUAUAUUUUAUGGAGAAUUUAUAAUGAGGAAAAUUAUUGUGUAAUUUAUUAAGUUCAUGACUGUUUUUUGAAAUAAAAUCCUUGAAUUUCGAA